CAUUGCAUUUGGGGAAAAUGAAAACAGCUAAGCUACGAGAAAGAUAUUUAAUAGUAUUUUAGAGAUUCUCUACAUACAUUCGCGUUUGUUAACAGGCUCACUAUGGACACAACCAAAACUGUAAAAAACUCAACAAAUUCCUUAGCUAGCACGACUUCUAAUUCCACAGACAAAAUGAACUACGCAUUGCAAGUGGCAUUGCAGACAAUGAAAGAGCGUUGCAUACAAUUGCAACGACGUGUUUCUAACAUGGAGGAGGAAAAUCAAAGAUUACGCGAGGCUACUAUUGGUUCGUCAUCUGCCAAUGGCAGUUCUCAGGAGAAAACAGACUGCAGUAACGACGUCUCGUCGCUACGCUCGCAAUUAGAUGAACUGCAGCGCCAAAAGGAACAGCUGGAGGAUCAAAUAAGCAUGGUGUCUAACGAAAACCGAAGACUUUGGUCUCAUCUGUCCAAAAUAUCCAAAGACCAGCAGCACGAAUCGAAAGACGAUGAAGUGGCCAUGCCUGCUCGAUGCUCUGGGAAAGUUUCAAUUGGUGCCAAUCAGAACCUCAUUCGUUCUAAAACAUUUACUCAGCACUCGCCAAAUCCGCACUUGCGCCAGAAGAUGAUAACAGAGGUUAGUCUAGAGGAGAUUCCACUGGACGAAUUUGAUGGUAGCGAGGUAGAACUAGGCUAUCCAUGUGGACUGAAUGUGGACGACCCCAACACUGUCAACGAACUGGAUACCAAUUUCGAUGCAAAGCAAUGCAUGGAAGGCUUGCAGGACUUGCGCCGUGAGGCGAUGAAGCAACAGCAAGAGCUCAGUUCUGCCCUUUCACAGUUGGAGACGCGCAUUGCGAUGCAUCCGUGUCCGGAGUGUGUGCGCAAGGCUGCCAACAAGCCGGAAAUGGCUGAUAAAAGCUUAGAGACUGAAGAUAACACGGAGCCCAAACGAUACAGCAGCAAUGAGCACACAAUAAGCCAAGUGCUCGACACAAUCAACGGGCAUUCAACAUCGGUCGUGCCCGCUCCCCGCUUAAACUUCAUCCAGGAAAAGCUGAAGGCUGAUGCCAUCGACAAGACGUGCCCCAUGUGCGGCAAGCUAUACUCCAGCCAAGUUUCGUUCAAAGCAUUUCAGGAACAUGUCGAAAUGCACUUUAUUGACGACGCGCUAGAUGCGGAUGGAAGCAUGGAACGGCAGUUCGAGUUCGUUUCUCAUGCAGUCGGUGAUUUCUGACCCAACAAACUUAUUUACUUUGCUACAGAGCUUUAGCAGCGACAAAUCUAAUUUGUUUCAUAAACAAUGCAUUGUAAAUUAUAUUGCAG